UUUGGGCACCCAACUUAGGAAACAAAUGUGAAACGCCGCCGUUCAUUGCAUUGCAAGGUCGCAGAGGGGGAGAGAUAGAACGAGACUGCCAGAGAGGUUUAGGGAACAAGAAGACCGACCGUAUUUCCGCUAUACAGCAGAGGAUAAAAAAGGCGGCAACUUAACUUACAAAUCAACUACCAAAACGAAACCUGAGAAAUUAUACAUUGCUUGUGUGUGGUAAAGGUGCUUCUCCGUAGUGGGGUUUUGUGAAGUGGCUGCACUCUUUUGGCACAGGCUAGGUCAACAUGGUUGUCUCUUCCUGGACUCGUACAUGUACCAAUAAUGUUGUCCACCUGAGUGGACGAAUUCAAGGACAAAUGGGUGCAUAUAUCUGCGGUGUGACAUCCGGAGGACCAUCUAGUUCAUAUUGUUUCCAAUUGUGUAGUGGGAAAUCUAAGAGAGAUUACCCUGGUCUGUCCGUCACUCGGACAAUCUCCUGUUCAUCUACUGGCAACUUGCAAACAUUCCAGGAAAAUUGUCUUGUUCCUCCAUUCUCUAAACCUAGGUGCAACUUACGGUCAUUAACCAUUAAGUGUUUCAUCAGUGCUAGGGGAUUUCAGAAGAGACAGCUUGAACUUUCAUUGGCUUGCCAAAGUAUUAACAUAAGGCUCUGGGUCCCAAAGCAAGGGGUGAUUCACAAAAUCAAGUGUAAUGCUGGACCUAUAAAUUGGCCACAAGUAUGUGCUUCUGUUGGCCUAAUUUUUGGAUUAUUAGUUUGUUAUUCAAGUUCUAAACCAGUACAUGCUGAAGCAGCUGAUGAGAAAGAAAAUAAUGAGGACCGUAAUUUGUCAUAUGUUAAAUGCUCACAUGGAAAAAAAGUGUAUACUGACUACUCUGUUAUUGGCAUACCUGGGGAUGGCAGAUGCUUGUUCCGCUCUGUUGCUCAUGGAGCUUGUUUACGAGAUGGAAAACCAGCUCCAACUGAGAGCCUUCAGAGAGAACUAGCAGAUGACUUACGGGCUAGAGUUGCUGAUGAGUUUAUAAAAAGAAGAGAAGAGACAGAAUGGUUUGUUGAAGGUGAUUUUGACACAUAUGUUUCACAAAUAAGGAAUCCACAUGUUUGGGGAGGCGAACCUGAAUUGUUCAUGGCUUCUCAUGUUCUGCGAAUGCCAAUCACAGUGUACAUGUACGAUAAGGAUUCUGGCGGUCUGAUAUCCAUUGCCGAGUAUGGCCAAGAAUACGGCCAGGAAAAUCCUAUCCGAGUUCUCUAUCAUGGAUUUGGCCACUAUGAUGCUUUAGAUAUUCCUGGAAAGAAGAGUGGCAGGUCAAAACUUUGAUCUUGAUAUUUGAUAGGAAGAGUAUGAAUAACUCCAUCUGGUAUGUUAAAUGUCCAGAAGAAGCACAAAAACUUUCCAUGUUUUAGAAAGCAUUUAUUGUUGAAUUUCAAUGAUAAGGUUUUUUCGAAGCAGCUCAGCAAGUCGUGUGGAAAGUAGUUUGAUUAAUCGCUGAAAGUGAGCUUCAGAAACUUUGGCGAUGUAGCCAAUAUAUUAAUAAUGAUUUGAUAAUGUGAAUAUUUCAAUUUUUUGCA